AUGAGCUCACGCAGACUGCUCGCGGUUCCCCGCUCCUCGACAGCUGUCCUAAAAAGGUUCUUUGCAAACCGGGGAAGGAGCCCGGUAAGUAUUCCACCGGGGAGAGCUCCCCCUGAGCCGCCGCCCAACAUGUUCCCGGAAGCCCACGCGAAGCAGGCAACCGGGGCAAUAUUUUCCGAGCACGAAAGACCGGUCGGCGACGGCUCGAAGCGCCCGGAAUCGCAAUACCCGGUCACGGAAACCGGAGGGAGGACGGAAGCCGGGCGCCAAGAGCAGGAUUGCGUGUGGAAGUCGGCGACCGGACAGCGGGGGAUAGCGGUGUCAAAGUCGCCCUUUGUCUUUGCUAUUCUCCCCAGUGGUCAAAACCGGGCAGCUGGGGAGUCGGAGAGGAGCCCAGUGCCCGGGAGAACCGCUGCGACGGAGAGAUCGACGGUGGGAAGCGCGGAGACGGAGGAAUCGACGGUGGUAUACCACCCGGGGGAUGAAGAAUACGUGAACUGGGGCAGGAUCAAGCCCCCGGGGGAGCCCCCCGACGACGAGGAGCAGAGAGAGGCGGUGCACGAGAUGCUCAAGUGGAAGCGGGUCACGGAGGCCGUCGGGGUCAUCGUUUUGGUUAAGGCCUGCUACGACCUAACCCACAUCGAAAAACAACUCUCGCAGGCCGCCCUGGUCAUCAUCUCGGUCAAGGCCCUGUACGACUUAACCCACAUCGAGGAAGAGAUCCACCGCCCGUUCCUGGACGCGCCGCGGCCGCGCUACCCGUACAUGCGCAUCCGGCACAAGGACUUUCCCUGGGGGCCGUGCGACUUACUGGACCUGGACUGCUGGCGGGAGCGGAAGAUGCAGAACCAACAGGAGGUGGAAGCGCUGCAUAACCGGCGGCUCCGGGGUUAG